GGUUGCGAAGAUGACACGGCCUACUGCACGCUUUCCACUCCCGAGAAAACAGCGCGAGCGUUAAAAUCCAACCUUCGCUCUGCUUUAAUGCUCACCGAUUUUCUUCAGUUUCCCUCGUCUCAAUGGCUUUGGCGACUUCGACUUCGAGCUCCAUCCCCUCGCAUUCCUUCCUCACUCGCGAUUCCGAUGCGGCCGCUGCAAUUAGGCACGCCAAGCCGUCGUCCGUGCCUCAGUCAGUGAGCGGCGGUUCCCGCCUCAGGCGAAUUGUGGCGCGGCCGUGCCGCGCCGUGGAGCCGGCCAAGAGAAAUGAUUGGGCGGUGGAGACGGCGGUGGCCGCGGCGGAAGGGCUAGCCCUCGAUUGGGAGGAGCUGGACAAGGAGCUCAAGAACGCUUCGCCGCUGGAGAUCAUGGAUUCGGCUCUCAGGAUCUUCGGGAACGAAAUCGCCAUUGCCUUCAGCGGAGCAGAAGACGUCGCGCUGAUCGAGUACGCGAAGCUAACGGGCCGACCCUACAGGGUUUUCAGCCUCGACACCGGGAGGCUGAACCGAGAGACCUACAGGUUCUUCGACGCCGUGGAGAAGCACUACGGCAUUCACAUCGAGUACUCGUUCCCGGACGCCGGGGAGGUGCAGGCCCUCGUGAGAACCAAAGGCUUGUUCUCCUUCUACCAGGACGGCCACCAGGAGUGCUGCAGCGUGAGAAAGGUGAGACCUUUGCGAAGAAUGCUGCGAGGCGUCCGCGCCUGGAUCACCGGACAGCGCAAGGAUCAAUCCCCCGGCACUAGAUCCGACACCCCUGUCGUUCAGGUAGAUCCAGUUUUCGAAGGCGUCGACGGCGCCGGCAGCUUGAUCAAGUGGAAUCCCGUCGCGAAUGUCGACGGAAAGGACCUGUGGAAUUUCCUCAGGAGCAUGGACGUUCCUGUCAACUCCCUGCACUCGCAGGGGUACAUUUCCAUCGGCUGCGAACCCUGCACGAGGCCGGUUCUCCCCGGCCAGCAUGAACGCGAAGGGAGGUGGUGGUGGGAGGAUGCAAACGCCAAGGAAUGCGGCCUCCACAACAGGCGCCUCCAGACAAACGACGCGGCGAACAGGCUCACCGUCAAUGGCGUCAACACCAGAGCAGACAUCUUCGAGAUCGCCGCCGUUGUCAGCCUCACUCGGCCGGGGAUCGAGAACUUGCUGCGGCUCAGGAAGCGGCAGGAGGCAUGGCUGGUCGUUCUCUACGCGCCCUGGUGCCGGUUUUGCCAGGCAAUGGAAGCAUCGUACUUGGAGUUGGCCGGGGAACUCGCCGGGACGGGCAUCAAGGUCGGAAAGUUCCGCGCGGACGGCGAACAAAAGCCGUUUGCUCAGAAAGAACUACAAUUGGGGAGCUUUCCGACGAUCCUGUUCUUCCCCAAGAACACAUCUAAGCCGAUCAAAUACCCGUCGGAGCGCCGCGACGCCGACUCGCUGGUCUCCUUCGUUAAGGCUCUGACAUGAGCUUCGCCGGCGACUCUGCUGGAUGGUGGAGUUCCCCCUUCUAUUCACUUCUAUAGAUUCGCUUUCUGAUCUGAUUGAUCUCUCUUGGGAGUAAUAGGAUUUGAAGGUUAGAGCGAGAUCCCUUGUAGUGUGUUUCAUGCUCAAGGUUGAUUUGAUGAUGUAUCGAUCUGUUUGGAAUAAGAAUCUACUACUGUGUAUAUAUUGUUCUAGCGCAGCCGAUCAAUAAUUAA